AUGGGAGAGGCAAAAGAUUUCAGACCUAAUGAUGAGGAUCCCCCUUGCAAGAAGUUAGAGAGUCGUCAUAAGGAUGUAUACGAUGAGACGGUGGCUGUGGAGCUGAUCAACGCAUCGCAUGUUCUGCAAUUUACAUUUCAGCAACAAGGAAAAACCUACCCGUACGUGAUUUAUCUGCCAGGGAGAAUGGCAGAAUCUAUCAAACCACCGAGACCCGAAGACCCUACAAAACCAGACCCAGAAACGGUGCUAUAUGCGAAAGGCUGGCUUCCAUGCGAUUUUCAAGCGGCGCUCCGCAAACCUGAGGGCUUGCCCGUCACGGUGUCAACUGCUAAAACCGAAAGUAUCUAUUGUGCCCGUUCGACCUUCGGUCACGGGCUCACCUGGCGGUCGACUGUGAUCAAUGGAACUGCUCAUGCGCUUGACUGGGAGAAAUCCGGUAUGGAUCCAAAUGAGCCGGUCACAGAUGACGACAUAAAAACCAAUGAGAAACUCUGGGGCCUGAAUAAAAUUGUCAAUGGUUUUAUUCCCGAUCAAUGGGAGAACACUCGAUCUCCUAUCAAGAGAGAGGUUGAUAUGGUCCUUGUUCUGCGGGUCAAUAUUAAUAAAGAUGAAUCUCAUGUCCGCGUCCGUCACGGGUUUAAUAGAUGGGAAGUAGGCUGGGAAAAGUCUAAACCUGACGAAUAUUGGCAAGGCACUAUUCCUGUGUGGGAGACAUAUGGUGAUCCAUUUUACGGAAAUACAGAGGCGGAAUAUCCACUUCGGGUGAAACGCUUUUUUGAGCAGCAAAGCCGGAAGAAUAAGGCAUAUGCCAUUGCGCAGGCAGGCAGGGACUCCUUUCCAUAUGCCUUCUAG